AGCUAGAGUGAUAGUAGAACAAUCUUUAGAGCUAGAAUGUAAUAAAAAUAAAAUAGAAGAAGUAAAUCUACCUAUUAACAAGGCUAUAACUUUACCUAUAGAAGAUAAUUUAGCAUUGGCUAAAAUUAAAAGAGAUUUGAGUGUUAACCCAUAUAAGGGAACAUUCAUCUCACUAUUUAGAGCUGAUGAAGAUAAUAUUCAAGUUUUUAAAGAUGUUGUUAAGAGAAUUGACAAGCUUGGCAACAAAAAAAAGAAUAGGAUCCCUCGUUUAGAAGCUAUAUAUUAUCUAAGAAAAUUACUAGAUAGAAACAAACAAAAUUUCUAA